UUAGUUAUUAAUAAACAUGUUAGGUAUUUUAUAUUUAUUUAUUGAUAUAUUUUACGAACUAUGCCUUUUUAUAUGGAUAGAUUCUGUUAAUAUUUAAAUAUUAUAACAUUUGAUAAUAAAUAGUAUACAAUGCUGACGCGGAUUCAAGGGGGGAAAGGGGCGAUAACCCACCUCCCCCUAGUGAUGCGAUAAGAGAAUAUUCUUUUAGAAAUUAUUAUCGGGUAAUUAUUGCUAUAGUGGAACCUACUGGCUACUGUAUUAUAUAAUAUUUAGAAUUUUACCACCGAAAGUUAUACAUCAUAAUGAUUACUGAUGUCUGAUCUUGAUGCCUAUCUUAGAGAAUAUUCUUUAUAUUAAAAAAAGAUAAUUACGGUAAUUUUACAUCACUACCUCCCCCGUAGACUUUGGCAUGCCACAUAGAUAAAUUUUAGGAUGUCUGUUUUUGGCAGCCGAUAAAAUACAAUAUGCACAUGGUGUUACCCCUCUCCCCUCCCGCAAAUUUAUUCUGGAUCCGCGUUUGGUACAAUGGCAAUGGUACUAGAACAAAGUAGAAAAGAAAAACAUUAUGGAGAUGAUAAUAUGUAAUUUACAUUUAUUUAAUAAUUAUGUAAGAACAUAUUAUUUGCUAUAGUGUACAUCUCUUAUGAUAGUUUCUAAAUAAUAAUUGGCAGAACAAUAUCACAAAAAUUAUUUUUUUUAUAGUACAAUAUUUAGGUAGAAACGAUAAUCUUAUCUUUUUUAUUUUUGUGCGGAAAGAGCUAUGCGUAAAUCAUGGAACUUGAUUUUUGGUAGAAUGGAGUCAUGCUCGGUAAAGGCAGCUGCCAGCUGGUUUAUGGGUAGAUAGCCUAUUGGGAAAUCGGGAUUUUCCAGGUGGGCCCCUGUCCCUACAAAUUAUGGGACCCCUAGUCUCAACACUGUAUUUUAUAUUUUAAAUCUUAAUAAUUAUAUAAUAGUAAUAUCGAACUAUUUACAGUUUGGUUUAUUUUAUUGGUAUUUUGCUUAUAAUUAUUAAUUAAUAAUGCAAUAAAUACUUCUGCGUUUAAUAAUACAUGAUAAUGUAGAACGUUUUCUAACUAUAUAAUUAUUGAACCUUCCUAAUGGCUAAUAUCAAAAUCGAAUAUGAGUGUCCGCAAAAAGUUUUUGGGUGGAAAAGUCAAAAGAAAAAAUAUAAGAAUGAUAUUUUAAUGACAUGCGCUUCUAUAAGUGCAAUAAAAUAACUGGAUUUUUUUCUCUUGAUAAAAGUGACGAUAAACAAAUGAUUACAAAUGUUAUAGUUACGGAUCGUAGUAACUCAAAGUAUGUACAAAAUUAUUUAAGAAAUUCAUUUUCACAAUUCACAAGAGCAUUUAGAACGAUUAAUAUUAAUUGUGGACCGUGGGGCGUAGCCACAUCUAUUCGAGAGCAUUGGACUCUUAAAAGUUAAAACCGUGGCCGUAAUCUAAUAAGUUGUUGAUAACAUUUAUCCCUAUUUGUUAUGAUAUUUAAAAAAACGGAAACAAUACAUUGGACCACCUAUAUACUCUGUAGUGCCCUGUCAUAAAAAUUGAAAAAUUGCAAUAGUGCAUAUUGUUGAUUCAUUGUUUUGCUGUGCUCAUUAUGGUUGUAAAGUAAACAAUUUAUAAAUUUUUAAAAAUAUGUUGUUCUGUGAUAAUAUUGAUAUGGUUUAUGUAAGUGAUAACGUAUGUUAUGCCUCCCAGGCAUAGACCUCAUCACGAUGUAUUACAUCAGCUCUUCUCUACAUCGUGGACCUUAUACUAAUAGACGGUACAUGGUAGUAGUUCCUGCGUCCACACGUGAGGACGCUGAUCAAGGAAGUACACCGCACAAUAUGCGAAAUGAACUAUGGGAUUGUACAAUCAUUGUAACCGUGCGCCAAAUCAAUACUCAUACCGGGUACUAUCACAGUUAGGAAGACCGCACCACCCACCCGCAUCCACCCUGAAUGUACAAGGUUUAGCCGGUUUGGCCAAUGCACACAGUGUCUACAACUGUUUAUACCCUAGUGGUACACAGUACACGCCAACACAGUCACGGCCGCCAAUCUGAUGGGAUCAGUUCUUCCCCUGUUUUCGACACGUCAUCGUCAUUUUUUUUUGUGGUUAUCCUUGUAGUGACGCCGCGACUCCAUUCACCAUUGUACUCAAGUGUUGGUCUUCCGAGAGUCUUCUCUGUAUUAAAAUAUUUCUAGUUUUUGGUUGAUAUCUGAUGACUGUUAUUUAUUUCCUAUUCGAUAAUCGUUAUCCGUAGAUCGUGUGCACGUUCACUCCAACGUUCAGCAGCAAUCAACCACGCAAAGUUUUGAGUUUUCAUCAGUAGUGAAACGACGAGAUACUGGUACAAUUUUUUUUAAAGUUUAUAAUCAUUGGGUUCAUUAAUCAGAUCAAAAUAUUACUUUGAUAAUGAAUGAUAUACAGAAUAAUGAUCAAUCCAACAAUUCAUACAACGAAUUUCCACCCUAUCUCAAGUUCAAAAAGUUACCAUUUCAUGAUGUUAUUUAUGAAGUUAUCAAGCCAACAGUUCUAAAUACAAAUGAAGAAAAAAUAAAUUUUAUUUUAUCAAAUGAAAACAUCAGCCAGAUUACUGCCAGUCGUUACUUUUCCCGUGGUGGAAAUGGAAAUAAUUAUCAAUUACAAAUUAGAAUUUGUCAGCUGGAAAGUAAGGUCACGUCUUUAAAUGAGGUAACAGAUUAUUUUCCUCAGGGUCUUAAUAUUCAUGUUAAUACUAGACGUUGUUUAUUAACAAAAGUUAGACCUAUAUCAGGAAUUGGCACAGGACAAAAAUUUGCAAUCCCAAUUGAUUGCACUAGACUUAUUAAACUUACUCCCAACACUGAAAAUACUAUUAGCAUAAAGUGGACUCCUGAUACAAAAACAUAUGCUGUGAUAAUGUGUAUUGUUAAUAAAUUAACAGCCAACACUUUGUAUGAGAGGCUGGUGAGAAAAGAAAGAAGAAAUAUAGAAGAGACUAGAAAUGAUAUAAUUAAAAUGUUUCAAAAUAAUAAUGAUACGGAUUUGGUUAUUACAAGUUUUACGCUUUCAUUGAUAUGUCCAAUAACAAAAAUGCAAAUGACCGCACCGGCAAAAUCUAGCCAGUGCGAACAUUUAGAAUGUUUUGAUGCCUGGGCGUUUAUCAGAAUGAACAAACAUUAUAAUAAAUGGAGGUGUCCAAUCUGCAAUUUAAAUUGCCUUUAUGACGACCUAAAGAUAGAUGACUAUAUUUUAUCUAUUUUACAUAAUCCGAUAAUUAAAACCGGUUCAAUUGGUAAAAUAAUUAUAAAACCAAACGGUUUCUGUACAAUUACUGGCAAAUAAGACGUAUUUAUAUAUUGUUUGGACGAUUAAAAACCAUCGUUUGAGUUGGAAAAAGAACAAGAUAAUGAAACCCAGGCAAACAUUAAUAAUUAAAUCUAUUUUCAAUUAUACUAUUCUUUUAAAUGAAUAUUAAGAAGUUCUAAAACAGCUAUAACCAUCUAUUAUUAGCUCUCCAGUUCUGAGCUAGGAAUAAUAAUUGUAAUAAACUGUUCAGUUAACCGUCUCCUCAAGUUUUACCUUCUACGACGGAAGAAUUUUGAUUUUAUUAUUAUAAAUAUAAGCUGAACGGUGUUAAAAUGUAAUAACUUUUAAAAUUAUGAAUGUCUAUAAAUUCUACAUAUUAUAAAGCAUGCAAAUAAAAGAUUAAACUAUU